UCAUAGCCUUCAGCACAGCGUGAUGUAAGUCCUGCUACUCCACCUACGCUCCAGUUGCUGAUUGGCGUUACGCAGGUAUCCUCCUAUUAUUUAUUAGCCCAAAGCGCGGAUUCUUCAUUUAUCCUGACUGUAUCUCACUGCAGGACCUAUCCGUUCCUACUAUACUCUGCACCAGGGCGCACGCAGCUGACUCUUGUAACCCUAUACCUAUCUGCUCUACAGAAAACAGGUGGUGCUGACAAAAUGAGAAGAGGUUUGCUGCUGGUGACUCUGUUUCUCAUCAUGAAACUUCGACACAGCCAGUCCAGAUGCGAGGAACCCGGAUCGCGCAGAGCAACUCCAGAUCAGACCACAGGCUUGAACAGCCUAAAGCAGAAAAGUCUGAAGAGGUUUAGCGAUUUGGAUUAUGAUAGCUUUGUGGGACUGAUGGGAAAAAGAGAUGCCGACGCAAACGCUGUACAGUCACCACAAAAAAGAGAAAUGCAUGACAUUUUUGUUGGUCUUAUGGGAAGGAGAAACUCAGAGCCUGAUAAUGGUCCCUGGAGGAGAGAGCAUCCAGAGAGGAGAGGCAUUUUUCUCAACAAGUGCAGGCUGAGGUUUCUAGGGCUGUAGACAUUCACGGAGAAACUCCCACAUCUGGCAACAAUGACAGAAGAUCACAGAGAACACAAACAACGAACUAAACGUCUAAUGGAAACAAUUAAAUGCCGUGAUUCACACUGUAAACCUGCCAGCUGGCUUUUGAAAGUGACCAUAACAUACACAGAUUGUAUUUGUUUUAAGACAAAACAUGAUUAGUAGUGAGAGCCGAUACAUUCUAUUUCUUCAUCAUGUUCUUUGUUCUUCAAAAGUUGAAAAUAAACAUCAUUUUUUAAACAUCAUUUAUUCAUUUAAAAACACAAGUGCAUUUUCCUUUAAGCUGUUUAUGAGUGAUUCUUCAAGCCUGAACAGAGGUUCAAUCACACCUGCUACAAUGUUUUCUGUUGGGUUAUAAAAAAUGACGUGAGGGAUUCAUUACCGUUUUGGAUUUACUGUUUUCAUCAGAAGCUACUGUUUUCAAAAAGAAGUACAGGAGGUUUCAAGUACACACUUGCAUCCGAGCAUCUCAUAUCACACAAAGAUAAAAAUAAAGUACAUUUUUA